AUGGCGAGACGGUGCUCUUCUCUGCUCCUAGCCGGCCUACAGCUUCUCGCCUUAGCCAACUCAACCUACAUCGCUCAACCUCGAGACAUCGCCCACGACGUCGUCUGGAAAGACAUCCGCUCCGAACUCUGGACUCGCUUCCAGGGCUGCACCCGCGGCGCCUCCUUCGCCAUCCGCUUCGCCUUCCACGACGCCGCCACUACCUCCCUCCAAACUCCCUAUUACGCCCCAGCGUCCGGGGGCGCCGACGGUAGCCUGCUCCUCUCCGAUGAAGAAUCCGCCCGCUCAGAGAACAACCCCCUCCAAGCUUUCCGCUCCAACCUCUCCGCCAUCUACGACGCCUACAAACCACACAUCGGCGCCGCGGACCUCGUUCAGUUCGCGGGGAGUCUGGGCAUAUAUGCCUGCUCUGGGGGACCUCUGAUCAAGACCGUCGUGGGGAGGAAAGAUAGCGCCGCCGCCGCGCCGCCGAACCUCCUCCCCUCUGCAUUUGGCCCUGGCGCGGACGCAGACGUCCUCCUCUCCCUCUUCGCGGACAAAGGCUUCUCUCCUCAAGACCUCUCCGCGCUGGUCGGCGCCCACACCGUCUCGCAAUCCUUCGCGCAGCAAGCGAACCACAUCCCCGUGGGCGGACAGCAGGACACGACCCCGACGAAGUGGGAUGUCGUAUUCUAUCAGGAGGCUGUCGCGGGAAAGGGGGCGCGGCCGAGGGCGUUUCAGUUCGAUAGUGAUGUGAAUCUUGCGAGGGGCAAUGAGACGAAGGGGUACUUUGAACAGUUCGCGGCAAAUAAGGGGUCAUGGGAUGAGGCUUUUGUGAGGGCGAUGGAGAAGAUGAGUUUGCUUGGGGUGCCGGAGGAGGCAAAGGGGGCGUUGGUGGAUUGUACGGAUGUUGUUAAGGGGUGA